AUUCGAUCAGUGAUGCAUAAAUUGAUGCAUACAAUACGGGAAUAGAACGUUUGGAAAACACAUGUUAGCUUAGCAUCAGUAUAUUGUAUAUGUAAUAGAGGCUGGUAAAGACGACAGCGUUGAAAAUUGUAUUAACAUUACAAAAGCGUUACAUAAAAUUGUUAAUUAUUUAUUACGAGGCAAGCAGAGUUUGCUCUUUACAGAGAGAACAAAUUAAUAAUGUGAAUCUCUAAUAUAACCUAUACUGUUUGUGAAAUAUAUCGAGAUCAAGUUUAUGAGAAUAUACAUUUAAAAAUUGUAAUCGGAUCAAUAAGUAUAUAAUAUAAUAUAAUGAAAUUUUGACAAGUGUCUCUAGUAUUUGAUCAAUAUUGAAGCUUAACUUGAUCAAAAUGCCUACAGUCAUAGCCUUAGAUGUCUCUUUGUCAAUGAGAAGACCCGUAUUAACAAACGGAACGAAUGAUAAUUUACAAAAUGAGCCAUUGACACGACAUUCUUUAGCGGUGCAUGGUAUAAAUGCUUUGUUACAUUACUUGCAAGUUAAUUCGAAGCUGGAAUUUGUGUCACUGAUUGUAUUUUCCUCAUUGUAUGAAGUGGUUUGUCCUUUCACUCGUGAUUACGACAGUAUACGUGCAAAGCUACAGACUAUUGAGGAAUGGGACAAGACGUGUAUCGAAGGAGCAUUACACGGUGUCAAUAAUGUAAUUAUGGCAGAAUGGGGCAAUGCUACUGCUUGCCAAGUGAUACUAAUUACAGAUGGCAAUCCUGGCAUAGGACUGAUGUCUUUGGGUGAUUCUUUAAAUUCUUUAAAUGUCACACGAGGUAUAAACCCCUUUCCACUACCUUUCCCAUAUCCAGGAAAAUUAAGUAUAGUGUGCAUUGGGUCACAGCAAGAUCCUUGUUUACAGGCUGGUUUACCUCUCUAUCAACGAUUAGUUGAUUUAGCUGGUGGUGACAGCAUUGUUCUAGUUCCAGACUCACCACUUAAUAAAUAUUCUGUCACUGCUUGUUUCCAGAAACUGGCUGAAGCAAAUUAUGUUUCCUUUCAAGGAUAUUUAAAAUGUGGCCAUUUAGGCUCUCGUAUUUUAUUAUCACCAGCUCCUAUGCCUUAUACAAAGAAAACAGACUUUGAAUUAGUCCCAGAUCUGGUAAUAUCAAAAACUAUAGAAAUAUGUGGAUUUAUAUCUGUAGGGGAUGUUGGUAGUCCAAGUUCCAUUUCUAGACAUUUGGUUUUACCAUUGGCAACAGAGAAAACUUCAAGUAUGCAGGGUAUAUCAUUAGAAGAGGAUUCAGAUACCGAUGAAAAUGGAGACGAGGGAAAAAUGCCAUCUUUUUGUGUAUUGCUUCAUGGAGCAUUGAAGGUAGAAAAUAUGGCCGCCCUCUGUUUAUUGAACAAUGAAUGGUAUGGAUUUAUAUAUUCUUGGGCAGAUACAAAGAAGAAAUCUAACUUAAUGUUAACAGUAUUAGAACCGGGAUCUGAUGUUGUGCCAUGGUUAGGCAAUUUCAGCAAUUUAGGCCCAUUAGAUGCAGCUAAAGGUUCUCCAGUCAGUUUUCCGGUGAGACCAGCUGAGAAAAGAAGUUAUACACAAAAUGCUCCUUCAUGGAUUCGUCAAGUGGGUUUACAAUCCGAUAUUCAGAAAAUAUUAAGACAUGCGAGAAAAUUACCAGAGAAAACACAAAACUUUUAUAAGGAGGUAAAUAGAUUACGACGCGCAGCAGCAUCAAUAGGCUUUAUCGAGUUAUUAGAAGGAUUAGCCUGCAUCUUAGAACGAGAAUGCACAUUACUACCACCGAAUCUGAAUCCCGAUUGUACAAUACAAAUGGGACACGUUGCAUCAAUGAUCAGAAAACCAGAAUUUCUUGAACUUAGAUACAAUAUUCCACCUGCACGGACAAAAUUUCAAACUGGAUCAUGAGUUGCAAUAUACAGCAAUCAAUGUGUUAUUGCAUUUGUUUUAGACAUUAGACAUGUAUACAGCAACAAUAAAAUUUUUAUUUAUUUUAAUUUUAAA